UUUGCUGCAACUCGGCAGAAGUAUGGCUGGUGCUGGACCAGAAAAAGGCCUUGGGGAUUUCCACCAGGGGAAAGGAGGCACUAAGUGACGUCUUUGUGAGCUCCAGAGAGGAACGGAGGCACACCUGCCUCAUUUAGGAAUCUCAUUUAGGAGGAAGAGGCUAGUAUUCUGGAGAAAAGCUGUUCCUCAUUGGAUCAAGCUAGAGCAGCCCCAGAUUUAUCCUUCAGUGCUUUCUAAUCCGCUGAGCUGAUCAUGACAAAAGCUGCAAACCUUGUUGGAAGGAGACGCAGGUUCAAAUCCUCAUGCGCAUCAAAAAGAGGACUUUGACCGGGUCACUUACCAUCUCUGUCCCUCUAAUCUCACAGGGACAGCAGGCUGAGAGAGAGUCAGGUAUUUAUUUAUGCUCCCUGGUGGGGGGAAAACAGCAUGUCAAUAAAUAAGUUGAUGUCAAUAAAUAAGUCGACGUGGGGCCCAAGAAUGGACAAACCGGGAAGAACAGUGAUCCAAAACUGGAUUCACACCAUUGUUUACGUGAUGCAGCCUCCUGCUUCCAGCUGUCAGGCAACUUCCUUAAAGCAAAAACGCUUUUGCUGAAGCAGCUUGGGAGACCUGCCUUGUAGUGGAAUCCAAAAAGUGAAGAAAUGCACAAGGUGUUGUGAGUGAACCAAAGGUGCCUUGGAACAAAAAUCCCCUGAAAAGGCCAGAGCCAAAGCAUAACACUCUGUCAGUGCAUGGUUCCUCAGCCACUUCCCUUCCAAGAGAUUCAGAGAUGAUUGGGGCCUGUUUGUUGCUCUUGCUUUUCAAAUUGUGCCAGGUCUGCCUAGAAGAGGAACUGAAAAUCCCCAAAGGUUUGGAUGGCCUACAGGAAAGAAACCAUUCUUGGGCCAUAAGCAAAGACUGGAGGCAGCGACUGCCCCAGAGCAUCAUUAUCGGGGUGCGGAAAGGGGGCACGAGAGCUCUGCUGGAGAUGCUAAGCUUGCACCCCCAGGUGGCAGCUGCCCAUUCGGAGGUCCAUUUCUUCAACAUGGAAGAGAAUUACAGCAAAGGAUUGGACUGGUACAGAGCACAGAUGCCAGUUUCAAGCCCUGCUCAAAUCACUGUGGAAAAGACGCCAGCUUAUUUCUCUUCUCUGAAGGCUCCAGAAAGGAUCCAUGCUGUGGACAGCUCCAUGAAGCUCCUUCUGAUUGUCAGGGAUCCCGUGGAAAGGCUCGUGUCGGAUUACACCCAGAUUCUCCACAACCGCAAGGCUCGCCACAAGCCUUUCCAGGCCCUGGAGCAGGUGUUGUGGAAAGGUCGAGAACUCAACACCCAGCACAAGGCCCUGCAACGCAGCCUCUAUGCCCGGCACCUGGUCCAGUGGCUGGAGGUCUUCCCCCGGGCUCAGAUCCACAUUGUUGAUGGAGGCAGCCUCAUCCGGGAGCCACUCUCUGAAAUGCGCCAAGUGGAGCACUUCUUGGGAUUGCAACCCUUCUUAGGGCCAGGCAACUUCUACUUCAACCAGACCAAGGGGUUCUACUGCUUGCAGGCAAGGGGGCUUCAGCACUGCCUGGACCAGUCUAAAGGGCGGCCCCAUCCAACAGUCGACGAGCUGCUCCUGGAGCAACUCUGCACCUACUUCAGCAAACACAACGAGGACUUCUUUGCUAUGGUGGGACAGACAUUCAACUGGUGCUGAGGCUUACUAGAGCAUUCUAAUACUGUAGUGACCAAGGAGAAAAUGCCCAUGAGCUCAGGAAAAGGACUGGCUCUAAUCCUAGAUGGGCCAAAAGUCACCAAGGGAGUUCAAUACUUAAUAAUAAUGUACUUUGGCACCCUCAGUAACAUGCAGGUUACAUAUUGGGAAAUCCCAAAGUAUGAAGGACUUUUCAGUAUAAUCACCAGGCACUUUUCUCUGAUCCACCAUGUCCUAUAGAGCUGUCUAUCCUGAAGGUGCUAUACUGAGGCUAAAGAAGAGUCAGCCAACAACUGCUCAGCAAUUGUACGCUGGGCCCAAAGGAAAGGAUAAAAAGCCAUCUUCCUUUGGUAUAUAACUUUCUACAUCUGAACACUGCGUGAUUCUACUUGUCUUCAGCAGAGGGCAGUGUCUCUUCACAAGAUAAAAGGGCUGUGGGUACUGGUCUUGUGCAUUUAUAUAGAACAGUGGUUCCCAACCUUUUUUGACCAGGGACCACUCUCCAACAUUAGUACCAAAAGGGUUAGAGAUAGGUUUUUGGUCAACUUUUGAUUCAGUUUGGUUAUUUGGGGUGCUGAUUCAGAAAAUUGCAUUGGAUAGACCACAUCAGCGCUAGUUUCUAAUACAGAACAUAUGCCAUCCAGUAGUCGCCAUCAGCUCACCCUUAGAAAACCAUAUUAAAUAAGCCUUGGCACUGUAAGAGGGUUGCAUGAGACCAGUUGCUCUUGUUGCAAGGCAAGGCCACGGAACAUAUUUUGGUUCUUGCGGACCACUGGUGGUCCCUGGACCAUAGAUUGGGAACCCCUGAGAUAGAAUCACUGUUUCUGUUUGUUUCAUUCAUAAGGCCCCAUUUUUGUUUUCGUGCACCUCUCCCGAAAAUAGGCAUCUUUCCAAAUGAGCUUUUUCAUCCCAGAUCCAACAAAACCAAUAUUUUUGUCCCAUUGGCGGCAAUGGACGGGCUUCUCACACUCCCCUUCCCCUCAGCUUUAGGCACUGGUAAGCGUGGGUGCUUUUCUGGGCCUGCAUGCAACACACGCUGUAUGUGUGGUGUGCAGGAGAGUGCGUGUGUGGCUUGUGGGCCCAAAGCACCCGCACGGGCCUGCAACCGAAUUCUGAAAAUUAGGCCACCAAAUGGUUACCAUUCCCACUUUCCUUGCAUUUCACUGAUAUUUUCAUACCGGGGAGUUGCCAUACGAAUGAAACAGUAUGAAAACACGAAUUAAAUGGCUAAAACAUUUACUGGGGUGCUCCAUAAGGAGCUACCUUUGCUGAAUUGAUCAUUGUCACAUAGGAUCCACCCAUUUGGGUGUCUUUCUGGGUACCCUCCCCUAAUAGGAACAAAUAAAGCUGCCUUAUAGAGCCAGACCACUAGUCUACCCAGUUCUUACUGGCAGAGCCUUCCAGGAUCACAGCCAGAAUUUUGGUUAGAAUGGGAAUUUGGUUAGAAUUCCAAUUCUAACCAAAGAUAGUAGUGCUUCUUUAAUUAGAGCGUGUGACUUAUUACUCUAUUGACUUAUUCUAUAAGCUCAGGAUAUCAAGCUCUCAUAACGCACAAAGCCAAGCAGAGACACUAAGACUUUGGUUGCAGCCCGUAGUAUUUCUUCCAUCACCGAAAAUAUGAAAAAGGACAUUAAAAUCUCACA